GAAAAUGCGGGCUACGCCGCCCUAGCCAACUUCAUCGUGCAAAUGUUCAAGGAUGGUUUGAUCACCAUCCGCGACGAGCGCGCGGCCAGCGUGGGCAUCUUCCUCGCGGCGAAGACGGGUGGGCGGUUGCGCAAGAUACUCGACACCAGGGCCGUGAACGACCUGUUCGAAGAGCCCGCGCGCUCUCGCCUGCCCGCGUCCGCGUCCUGGGCCUCGGUCGAGAUCGGCAUCGCCGACGACCUCGUCCUGUCACAGAUGGACGUUGGCAACGUCCCUUACCGCUGCAAGGCGCUGCCUGGUGUCUCCGGCUACUUCGCACUUCGUCGAGUUCCAGCCAAGCAUCUCCAUCGUGCUGAUCCCAAGCAGUCAGGCCAUCGCGGGCUGCCCGCCUCUGGCUGCGUCGCCCCGCGCUUGGAGGUCAUGGCCAUGGCGUGGUCUUUGGCGCUCUACUUCUGUUGCGUCGCAGUGACGGCCGGCGCCCUUCGAGCUGUUCCAGGUGAGGCUUUCUUGCUGGAUAAGAAGCAGGCGCCCGACAUCACGGGCGACAAGUUCGGCGUGGCCAUCUACGCGGGCAGCGCGGGGUCGUCGGCGCGGACGACGGCCCAGUUCACUGGCAUGACGCUCGACUGGGCCAGCGGCCGCAUCUCCGUUGGCGCCGAAGUGUGCGCCGCGCUCCGUUCUGCUGUCGAUUCGCUCGCCAGGGCCAGCAGCCGGGCAGAAGCCGCGCUCGAGUUCGACGACGGGCGCUGGCGCCCGAGCAGCUGUAUUCACCCGCCGGGAUCAUCGGUCGAUUGGCGCUGCUGGGUCGACGACGGCGAGUUUGAGGAUGCCGAUUCUGACAGCUCCAUCGCAGAGACUGACAUCCAGGACGAGGCUCGCCAAGCUCGGAGUUUCGUCCGGUACUUCUUCUUGGAGGUGAACAAGGUGACGCGUCCUUCAGCCUUGAUGUGCGACAGGUACUUUCGGGACUUCCAGACGUGGGCCAGCGACGACUGCCUUCCGCUGAACUCCAGCGAGGACAUCAGCACCGCGAUGCCCGAGUACCUGGGGGUCCUCGACAGGGCCGAGAUCGCGCCGAAGGGCUUCAGGGGGCUGGCGCCAGGGCUCAGCCGCGCACCUCUGCCCUCGAUAGAGCUGUGUGCGCUAGUGGGUGCUGCUCUUCGCACCGACGAGCUGAAGUUAGCUUGGUGCCUCGUCUUUCUUUUCCACGCCUACUUGAGGCCGAGCGAGAGACACGAGUUCGACGUGAGCCUCCUUCUCCUCGACGGCCGCGGGCUGGUGCACCUGUGCCCCCGCUUCUCAACCUUGAAGAAGCGCUCGAGCCGCGGCAUGGCGUGGUCCUUCGACAGUCGGACAUUCUCGAGCCAGUUCAAGCGCGUCGCCGAGCUGGCGGGUCUUGGGCGGGCCAACCUCCACCCGUGCACGAUGCGGUGCGAGAAACGCGCCAGGGUGCAAACGUCGCGGGGGUGCUCGCCCGAGCCGGCGCGCGACUACGGCCGCGCCAUCGGCAGCGAGCUGCAGGGCCUACUCUUGCUGAAG